GUCCUGUAUUGGGGUCUUUACCUGAUUGCCCUGAUUUUUAUGACCCUUCGUAUUAUCUCGAGAAUUUCUAUUCGCGAGCGCCUGAAAGCUGACGAUUACUUCGCCUUUUCAUCAUUUGCUCUUCUCUCGGUUGGAACAGCAAUCCACACGGCCGCUGUUUCACCAUAUAUCGACGCAUUUAACGUAGCGCAAAACAGCACAGAUUUUGGGCACGCUCUGUCGGAAAGCUCGGUUUUGAGAGAAGAUGUGACAGUGGUGCUCCGAUACUCUUUUGCCUCUCUCAUCAUCUUUUGGCUUACGGUGUGGGAGCCAGGCAAGCUCUAUGGCACGACAGCCUUAGACACUCUAUCGGACGUGAUGAUCGUCAUUCUCCCAACCCGACACCUAUUUGAACUCCCGGCAACCAAAAAGCAGAAAGCGGGUCUUGUUGGAAUAUUCGCGCUGGGGUGGAUAAUCGUAACACUGCCCUUUUCACCUCUAUUGCAGAACUACAGGCGAGAUCAAUGUCUGACGAAGCAUCAGAUCGCAUCUUCUCUCGUCCGAGCAAUCCAUGCAUCUACGGCAGGAAAUAAUAUCCUAGGCCCAAUAAACCAGGUCUGGAGCCUUAUAUCUCGUUCAUAUAUGAUUUUUUGGCGGUCUGCGAUCAUUCAGGCUAAUAUGUGGUUGCGAAUAGCGUUGGCUUGCAAUUUGGAGCCAUGUGGAAUGUGUUGUUGGUUAGUGCUGUCCUCCUCUCGUGAAACGGCGAUUCUAAUGGUAAUUAGCGGUGACCGUGGCCUGUCUUCCGCCAAUAUGGGUGGGUUAUCGGAAACGUUGGAGGAGAGCACAUGA